AUAAUUUCUUCCUCAUCGUAACAAUAAUGGGGCUCAAGUCCCUUUGUCGUCGCGGAAUCCUUCUGGGAUUUCUGCUGUCUUUAUUCCUAGUUAUGAGUUUCUGCUACGCUGAUGAUAAGACAGUCCAGGUUGUUGGAUUCGGAGAAUGUGGUGAUUGCAAGGAGAACAACAUUCAGACUACUCAAGCUUUUUCUGAGCUUAGGGUGAGCAUUGACUGCAAGCUCGAGAAUGGAGAGAUGCGGACGAGAGGGAUGGGGAAGCUGGAUAAAGACGGCAAGUUUGAAGUGUCGUUGCCGGCGGAGAUUGUGAAACACGGCGGAGGUUUGAAGGAGGAGUGUUAUGCUCAGCUCCAAACUGCAUCUUCUUCUGCACCGUGUCCUGCGCAUAACGCCAUUGAAGCUUCCAAGAUUGUUAAAACAGGUGGAAAAAAGCAUGGAUUUGAAGCCGCCGGGAAACUGAAAUUCUCGGCAGCCAUUUGCACUUCAGCUUUCUUGCCACACUUUAAGAAACCCUUCUUCAAGAAACCACUUCCCCAUCCUUUUCCAUUUUAUAAACCAAAACCACACCCCAUAAUCCCCAUUUACAAACCCAAACCAAAGCCACCGGUUUACAUUCCUCACGUCCCCAUAUACAAACCCAAGCCUAAGCCACCCGUUUACAAACCUCCAACUCCCGUGUACAAGCCAAAGCCAAAUCCACCAGUUUACAAACCUCCUACCCCGGUAUAUAAGCCAAAGCCACCAGUUUACAAACCUCCCACUCCCGUCUAUAAGCCAAAGCCAUUUCCACAUGUCCCCAUUUACAAGCCCUUUCCAAAGCCACCCAUUAUUUAUUACAAACCACCAUUUAAGCCGUUUCCUUUCCACAAGCCAAAGCCACCGGUUUAUAUUCCUCCCUUCAAGAAACCAUGCCCACCACCCUUUGGCUAGGGGCUGCAUGUAGCUAGGCUCUAUAUGCAGUGACUCAACUUGAAAAUUUCAUCUUGCAUGCACAAUAAAAGCAAAGUAAGAAGAUUAAAGAUGUAGUAGAAACAUGCAGCUAGGUUAAUUAGUGGAUCGGAGUGCAACUUUCUACUUAUUUGCAUGUGUUUGUUGGCUUCAAAUUCAACCCUCUUCUUGGAUGGUUUGCUUGUGAUUUCAAUCAAAGUUUGUAUUAAGUUUCUAUGCCACUAUGCAUAUUAUUGUGACUAAAUGUGAUAAUUUGAUUAAGUUGUUUAAAUUGUUCAUUA